GCGCUGCUUCAGUUGAUUUCCGAUAGCGAGCGUAGGCAAAACUGGCAACCUAGACCCGAAAACAAAAUAGCAGAAUGAGCUGCGGCACCAAGACACUGAAGGUGUCCUCCUUCGUUUUGGACUUUCUGUGCUGUGUUUUGGCGGCCCUGACCAUCGCGGCAUGCUCCUACGCCCUGAUAGCGUUCAGCCACAGCAUGGCCAUCCGAGUGCCCUGCAUCUUGGGGAUAGCACUGGGAGCCCUGCUCUUCCUCAGCACGAUCUUCGGUUGCAUUGCCGCCCUGAGAGAAAGCAUUCGCAUGACCUGGAUCUAUGCUGCGAUCAUGCUGGCCCUGGUGUUCGGACAGAUCACUGUGAUCUUCGCCCAACCCAUCAACUUUGAGCUCCUGGCCAACGAGACGAUAUACGACGCCUGGCAGGGACAGCUCUAUCAUCGCGGUAGUAUGUCCUACUAUGAGAUCAAGUAUCAUUGCUGUGGGCAGACAGGUCCCGCCGACUACCCGGAUAGUGGUCUCCGAACUCCGCCGAGCUGCUACCUCAACCAGAAUGUGACGGUGUCAACGGAUCUCUACACCGUGGGCUGUGAUCAGAAACUGGCACAGGUCUUCAUCAAGGGCACCCGCUGGGAAAGGAUCAGCGACUGGUCCGUAGUAGGAGUGGAGUUACUCACCGUUAUUAUCGCCGGUCUCCUGGCCAUAACCUUACAGAACGCCCAGCGUCGUCGUCUCUAUCGAUAAUAGUCUUUAAAGCAUCUGCCAAGAGUACUAAAAGUGUACAAAUAUUCUUAUUGAAAGUGUUCCUUACUCUGUAAAUAGUGAAAUGAAAAAUCGCUUUUGGGCGCUUUAAUUUAACGAAACAGAAAUGAUGCUAUAAAACAAAUUAAUUUAUUCGUUUGGAAAA